AUGAACGCUUGGCACACCGAAGACGUCGAUGCUAUGGGUCCAACAGUAACUCGCGAAGUCAGUGCUAAUACACCCCCGCUCAAAAAUGGUGGUGAGCUACGGGAAUCAGGAUAUCUUAUAGCGGUCGGUUCUAGAACAGCACGGUUUCGAAGAAAACAUAAAAACAAAUUGGUAUUCGUCGCCUUAUUUGUCUUACUUUUAAUAUUAUUUAGCCUGGCUAUUGUAAUGACAGCAUUGUAUGCUCACCAAAUACGAAAUAAACCAAUACCCAUUUGCGAGAGCAAGGAAUGCAUUCGCUCUGCCGCCAACCUGGCACUCUCUAUGGACCGCACCGUAGACCCUUGCACCGAUUUCUAUGAGGUAAGCAUAGGCAUGCAGUAUUCAUGCGGCAACUGGGCAGAAGACCAUCCCCAACCCGACGUGCACCGAUCAAACGACUGGUUUAGAGACAAACAGACGAAAGUUUAUAUCGCUAUGAGAGAUUUUCUCGAAAAGAACUCAACGAACCAUCCAAAACCAGUUCAGCAAGCAAAAGACAUAUAUAAAGCUUGUAUGGAUGUCGAAACAUUAAACAAGCGUGGAAUAAAACCAGUCAUAGAAAUAUUAGAUUCGUUGGGCCUACCUUCUUUCCCCACCUUAAUCAAUAUAACUGAUGAUAUAGAUUACAAUAACUACACAUUUGAUUGGUUAGAAACAGUCAUCAAAAUUAAAACCCAAUUAGGAAUGGAUGUUCUGAUUGGGUUUGAUAUCUACAGUGAUCCAAAAAAUUCUUCAGUAUACCGACUCAUGCUUGGUUCUCCAGAAACUACUAACCCUUUUCCGAGUAUGCAUAACGAAAAAAAGCGUCAUACAGGGAGAAAGAAUGUGCAUAUUUUACUAAUGUUGAAAACAAUUUUAACUCAUAAACGCUCUUUCUUCACUUUCACGAAAACAUAUGAAUACGACAGCAAAGCUACAAAUGACAAUGAUGACGAAAGAAUAGCACAAAUUUACAAGUUGUUUUAUGCUCAGCUUAUAAAAUUAUUUAUUCUAGAAUCAGAAAAUGGUAAGGAUUCAAAACUUUCUGAAGAAGAACUCGACCAACAAUUACUAAAGACAGCUGAUGCGUAUUAUAACUUUAAUGAAAAUAUAUAUGAACUUGAAGCAACCAACGACACUGAUGUAGAAGAUGAUUUCGAUUUCAAUUUACCAGAAUAUACUGUUGAUGAAAUUCAAGCUCACACCGAUAUGAUUGUCGAAAAUAACAGCGGAACAUCUAUGGCCAUUUGGAAAAGAUAUUUACAAGGUGUUUUUAACAAAAGUAAUGUGGAAUUAAAUUUUGAAAUGGAUAAAGUGAUAGUUUCCGAAUUUGAUUUACGUUACAUGUCUUUAAUGGCUGCCUAUUUAUCAAAAACUUCUCCUGUUGUUAUAGAACUUUAUAUUUGGAUAAAGGUAGCCGAGGUGCUAGCGGUUCACACAACAACAGAAAUACGUGCAUUGUUUGAUACAUCAAAUGAGCAACUACAUUACGACAAUGGUAUUUCAAGUUCAACACCACGCAGCCUGAGAUGCGCCAGCGCUGUAAAUGAUAUGCUCGGAAUGGCCGUCGCCUACGCUAUUGUGGACCCCCAUUUUAUGAAUGUGACCAAACCUAAGAUAGAAUCAAUGCUGAAUGAACUAAAAAAUGCGUUAGCCCAUUUAGUAGGAAAAACAAAAUGGAUGGAUGACAAUACCAAACUAGAAACAUAUAAGAAGAUAAUUCAAAUGAAAACACUAAUAGGAUUCCCGGACUGGUUGAUAGACGAAAAGAACCUUGAGUUAUAUUAUGAAGGAAUAGAAGUGAGUGCAGAUAAACAUUUAGAAAAUAUGAUUAACGUGAUACAAGUGAAAGUAAGGAAUGCACUCAAUAAUUUUCGGGAAAUUCACAAUUAUUCAUGGGCUACUGAUCCUACGGAAGUUAAUGCAUAUCAUACAUUCCAGUCAAAUACUAUAACUAUACCAAUGGUUAUGUUACAAUAUCCUUUCUUCGACUUGGGACUAGAAUCUCUUAAUUAUGGUGCUUUGGGAACUAUAUUAGGUCACGAAAUCACUCAUGGAUUUGAUAAUUUCGGUCGUCUGUUUGACAAAAACGGAAACCUUUUACCGUGGUGGAGUAACGAAACGACGCAACUUUACGUGAAUAUGACCCAGUGUUUCGUCAAACAGUAUUCCUCAUUUUAUUUCACUGAUUUAGAUGAAUAUCUUUGGUGCGGUGUCUCAACCAAAGAAUCCUUGAAGAAAGAUUUAGAAGACGAGCACUCUCCACAGAGGUUCAGAGCCAUAGGAACUCUACAGAACUCUGAAGACUUUGCACGAGCCUGGAACUGUCCUCCUGGUUCACCGAUGAACCCCCAGGAGCGUUGUAUUAUCUUUUGA